AUGGUUCAAUCUGAUACGGUCUCAACCCCGUCGCUUAUUCUAUCCAAUCCUUUGGUUCCACUGCUUUAUGACUUGUCACUCAAAAUCGACCACUUAAAACCCAACUUCGUGGGUACUCUUGUUGCAUCAUUGGUUGAAAACCCGUUAUGCCUGGUACCAAAGUCCGACUUUUCCGUGUCUCUCCAUUGCAACAAAAUCGUCAUUACCAGAGCAACUUUGAAAUAUGGUACUGUGGAACAGAAAUUGACCGUCUCAUACUCCAGAGCUGCUCAGAUUGUCACGUUGUCUGCGGACAUUGAGGCAGCUGAGAUCAUUCAGAAUGACCCUCGUCUUGAGCUCACAUUCAUGGCCUCGGUUACUGCUAUCAAGACAUUCCGUGAUGAGACCUAUGGAGUUUUCAAGACCAAUUACUCCGAUUCCUUGGAAGGAAAAUCCGACAACUACGUCAUUGCCACCCACUCUCAGCCAUUUGGUUGUCGGGCCAUCUUCCCUGUCAUUGAUGAGAGUAUUCUGAAAGUGCCUGUUAAACUCACUAUCACAACAAAAUCGGCGUUCAAGGUGAUUUCCAAUGGAGCUUUGGAUAAGUCCACGAUCGUCGAUAUGACUGACGAAUCCGUAUUCGAAUUUAAGCAGACUCCCCCAAUUUCUCCAUCAGUCUUUGGUUUUGUCAUUGGAGAUUUUGAAUGUGUGCAAUCUACUGAAAGCAACAUCCCUGUGAGAAUCUUCGUUACAAAAGGUGAUAGUACUAGAGCCACAUAUGCUUUAAAGGUGGCUACUGAUCUCCUUCCUCGUUUUGUCACUCUUUUCGGAGAAGAUUACCCUCUUGAUAAAUUCGACCUUGUUGCGCUUCCCUUCUUGAGUGACUGGGUGAUGGAAAACUGGGGAAUGGUUACUGUUAUUAGAGAUUCUCUUUUGUUGAAUGAAAUUACUGCCGAUGAAAGUGAUAAACUUCAAUUGAGACAAUUGAUCUCGCACCAAUUGACCCACCAAUGGAUUGGAAACUUGAUCUCAUUUGAUGAUUACAAGUGGAUGUGGUUAGUUGAAGCAUUUGCAACCUGGGUCGGUAACUAUGUGUUAUCCUUGGCAGGAAUUGAACCUACAGACGCCCUGAAUUAUAAGUUGGAUAAAGUGUUCGAACUUGAAACUUUGAAGAACUCUGAUUGUUCAUUGGCCAACUCCAUGCCAAGUUUCCACGAACAUAUGGGACUGUUGAAAAUUGAUUUGGAAUCUAGGACGAACUCCAUUUUUGAGAAACAUGCCUAUGAUAAAGGAAUGGUUUUGCUUAAUAUGAUCGGCUCAUUGUUUCAACUAGAAAAACAGGCAAAUUCUUUGCAACCUUUCUUUGACUCUUUCAAGAAGGUCUUUGAAGCCUUUAAAUUUAAGACCAUCAAACCGUUCCAAAUGUGGAACGUUUUAAACGAAGAUAUCUCUAUUGAUCUCUUGAGUUUCGUUCACUCCUGGAUCCAAUACAAUGGGUACCCACUUUUGACUGCCAAGACGGAUAACAAUAAACUCCAAAUUGUUCAGAACCAAUAUUUGGUUGAUGCAGAAGACGAAAAUGUCCAAAUUGAGAACCAGCCAUUCCAUGUGCCGUUGGCAUUGAAGCUUCUUGGUGAUGAUGGAAAGAUUAAAUAUGCGAACUUAAUGCUCACCGAUCGGUCCAUCGAGCUCGAUAUUCCUCCCAAUCAACUUGUCACCUUGAAUGCAGACAGACAGUUCUACUAUUCUGUUGCCUAUGACAGUACAUUGCAAGACUCACUUCUUGAACACAUCUCGGCCAACAAUUUAUCAUCCUUGGAGAUAAUUGGUAUAAUCAAUGACUAUGGAAAGAUUUUGGGCCAGCGGGUCCCCAAAAAGAAUUCCGAAUUCUAUGGAUCCAAUGCCAUACUCAUGAUUCUCUCUAUUUGCAAUGUUGUUGUUGGGCAACUGUGGAAACUUGACUUCGAAGUUUUGAAAAUCUUGUUGGGAUACUUAGAGGAGAUUAACGUCACGUUUGUGCAUUUCAGCGACUAUGAGAAGUUCGAGAAGUGGCAGGAUAAUUUCAGUGCCAAGUUAUUUCACAAGAUUGGAGGAUGGAAUACUGUUCUCCUGUUGAAAGACAGCUCGUACAACCCAAUUGAGUACGAGGUCAGAGGCGUUGUUCUCCAGCUCGGGAUCGACAGCAAAGAAAGUCAAGAUGUGUGCAAAAAGUUGUACAAGAAUUUUGUCAAUGGUGGAACAGCGCAGAAGUUUAUUCCUAGAGAGAUCUUAGGCAGCGUGUUCAAUGUGACUAUGGCACAUGCCCAAAUGCAAGAGUACAAGCAGAUUCUCAACCUUGUGAAGAACGCAGAUGUUUCCUACUUGAAGCACACCAAUGCAAGCGCACAAGAGCUUCAAACAGCAGCAGUGGCAUCACUUGGAUUCAGCAUCAAAGACGAUCUCCUCGGCAAGACAUUGCACUUUGUUAGCAACAACAUCGACUCCAAGUUGAUCGAGUUGGCACUUAUCGGGUUCAAAUACCACCAUAGUCUGACUAUCAAGGAGAAGCUUUGGGCUUGGUACCGAGUGAACUACGAUCAAUGGGUGAAGCGGUCAUUACGUAAAGGAUCCGAUUGGUCGAAGCAGAUCGGCAUCACGGUGGGAAACAUUUCCAGACUUGUGCUUGGAGAGGUGAUGCAGUAUAAGCGCAAUAGCGUGGAACAGUUUGUCGAGGAGAAGCUGAAAUCACUCCCUCCACACGGACUUAGGGAAAGAUGGGAGAAUGUCGAGGCAGAAAACAAGGAGAAGAGGUAUAUUGCCGAGCACUAUGACGCAGUAGUAUUCGCACUUAACAUGUAA